GGCCCUGCCCGCGCGGCCCGCGCUUCUCAGGCCUCCGCAGCCCGCCGCCAGGCAGCCGCUAGCAACAGCCGGCGCUCGAAUCUCGCCUACCCCAGUUCCUUCGCUCGCUCAUCCGCCUGUCCGACCGCCCACCCGCUCUGGAUGGCUGGUUACCUGCGGGUCGUACGCUCGCUCUGCAGAGCCUCUGGCUCCGGGUCGGCCUGGGCGCCAGCAGCCUUGACAGCCCCCAACUUGCAAGAGCAGCCGCGGCGCCACUAUGCCGACAAGAGGAUCAAGGUGGCGAAGCCAGUGGUGGAGAUGGACGGUGAUGAGAUGACCCGUAUUAUCUGGCAGUUCAUCAAGGAGAAGCUCAUCCUGCCCCACGUGGACGUCCAGCUCAAGUAUUUCGACCUGGGGCUCCCGAACCGUGACCAGACCAAUGAUCAGGUCACCAUCGACUCCGCGUUGGCCACCCAGAAGUACAGUGUGGCUGUGAAGUGUGCCACCAUCACCCCUGACGAGGCCCGUGUGGAAGAGUUCAAGCUGAAGAAGAUGUGGAAGAGCCCCAAUGGAACCAUCCGGAACAUCCUUGGGGGAACUGUCUUCCGGGAGCCCAUCAUCUGUAAGAACAUCCCGCGUCUCGUCCCUGGCUGGACCAAGCCCAUCACCAUUGGCAGGCAUGCCCACGGCGACCAGUACAAGGCCACAGACUUUGUGGUUGACCGGGCUGGCACAUUCAAGGUGGUCUUCACCCCGAAAGAUGGCAGCGGCCCUAAGGAAUGGGAGGUGUACAACUUUCCCGCUGGUGGCGUGGGCAUGGGCAUGUACAACACGGAUGAGUCCAUCUCAGGUUUUGCACACAGCUGCUUCCAGUAUGCCAUCCAGAAGAAGUGGCCGCUUUACAUGAGCACGAAGAACACCAUCCUGAAAGCCUACGACGGGCGCUUCAAGGACAUCUUCCAGGCCAUCUUUGAGAAGCACUAUAAGACUGAGUUCGACAAACAUAAGAUCUGGUAUGAGCACCGGCUCAUUGAUGACAUGGUGGCUCAGGUCCUCAAGUCUUCGGGCGGCUUUGUGUGGGCCUGCAAGAACUAUGACGGAGACGUGCAGUCGGACAUCCUGGCCCAGGGCUUUGGCUCCCUUGGUCUGAUGACGUCUGUGCUGGUCUGCCCGGAUGGGAAGACCAUUGAGGCUGAGGCUGCUCAUGGCACGGUCACCCGCCACUAUCGGGAGCACCAGAAGGGCCGGCCGACCAGCACCAACCCCAUCGCCAGCAUCUUUGCAUGGACGCGUGGCCUGGAACACCGGGGCAAGUUAGACGGGAACCAGGACCUCAUCAGGUUCGCCCAGACCCUGGAGAAGGUAUGUGUCGAGACAGUGGAGAGCGGAGCCAUGACCAAGGACCUGGCAGGCUGCAUCCACGGCCUCAGCAAUGUGAAGCUGAACGAGCACUUCCUGAACACCUCGGACUUCCUGGACACCAUCAAGAGCAACCUGGACAAAGCUCUGGGCCAGCAGUAGCGGGCCAGGGAUGCUGCCAGCUGCCAAGCUGGCCGGGCCGGAGGCGAGCGGGCAGCCAGGGGUCCCCCUGCCCCCCCGACCGACACGCCCCGCGGCGGAGGGUGAGCCUCUUAGUCCCUGUUAGGAGGCCUUUCUAGGGGACUUUCUUUUUUAUAAGCAAGAAGUUUUUAAAAGUAUCUGUGUGUUUCCCCUCAUGGUGACAUGAGGCAGGAACAGUGUGUUUUACCUCAGCCAGUGGUAUGUUUUGCAUACUGUAAUUUAUAUUGCCCUCGGAACACAUGGUGCCAUAUUUAGCUACUAAAAAGUUCUUCACAAAA